GUACAUAAGUAUGAUUGUUUACGAUAUAGAGCGAAGGUGGCAAUUCCAUACUAUGGGCAGCAAUAGCAAUACAGAAAAUAGCGAAUCUAGUAUUUGGACAACGGGUAUUGACGAAAUCACGUCACAGAAUUAUGAUAAUAUGAAGGACAAUUGUGUAUCCAACGUUGUAUUGGACUUCUGGUCAUGUCAUCGGAGUUCCGCAGACAUAAAAACACUCAAGGAAGAAGCAAUUGUCAGUUUAAAGGGAAUGACAGCUACCUAUAAAACAAACUGUAACAACCAGGAUGAUAAAAGUCUACAAUCUAAAGAGACUGAGCUCUGAUCACUUUAGCGUCAAUUAGUGUAAGUGUCAACGAUAACACCGAGAUGACAACAAGUGGCAUAUCUGACGGGUACGAAGAAGAUAAAUAUGAGCAGACUGGAUUGUAUUGAAGUAAUAGUAAUAUUUGAAGUUCCAGCAAUGAUGUAAUGCAGUCUACAUUCAAUGAUCCAUGGAUAGCAAAUGAUGGUAAUUUUAUUUUGUAUCCUUUGAACACUUAUGAA